CGCACAGGGGGAGGGGGAGUCUUAACCCAUGCCUUUUAGGUUCUAUAAAUACUAGUGGAUUGAAGGGGGGAGGAUUCUCAAUUCUGUGUUGGAUGAAGCAACCCUAGGGAGGGUGGAUUUGUGGAGAGGAAAGGUGUGAGUGAGACUCGUGGUGGAGGUGGUGGUGCGUGUGUGUGUGAAGAGAGAUUUGCUGUAUGUCAGUGGGUUGUAGUGAGAGCUAUUGGUACUACGGUGGAUUUGGAGUGUUUGCGAACCCAUUGCAAUGGCCACAGCUUCGAAAAAAGCGACGUCUUGCUGCAUUGGAGAUGAUUCCCGUUCCAUUCGACGGGAGGCCGUGGCGGCUGCCGCUGCGGCGCCAUCAGUCGCUGCCGCCGCCGCCGCCGCUGUUGCCGAUGUGGAGCAGGAUUGGAGCGGCGUUGGUGUGGUCGGGGACGGGAAGAAGGCUGCCCUUGCGUCGUUGAUUCGGCCGGUUGAACCGAUUGCUGGAGCUUCUGCAAAUGCCUCCGUCAAAGGGAUCCAGAUCAUGACAAGGGCUCAAACCUGCCAUCCGUUGGACCCAUUAUCUGCAACUGAAAUCUCAGUGGCUGUGGCAACUGUCAGAGCUGCUGGAGCCACUCCUGAGGUCAGAGAUGGCAUGCGAUUUGUUGAAGUGGUUCUGUAUGAACCUGAUAAACAUGUUGUUGCAUUAGCAGAUGCAUAUUUCUUCCCCCCUUUCCAACCAUCAUUGCUUCCCAGGACCAAAGGUGGACCUGUAAUUCCUAGCAAGCUCCCUCCUAGGAAGGCUAGACUUGUUGUCUACAAUAAAAAAUCAAAUGAGACAAGCAUUUGGAUUGUGGAGCUCUCAGAAGUACAUGCAGCAACUCGAGGUGGUCAUCAUAGGGGAAAAGCCAUUACAACACAAGUUGUCCCUGAUAUUCAGCCUCCAAUGGAUGCUGUGGAAUAUGCUGAAUGUGAAGCUGUUGUCAAAGACUGUCCUCUGUUUCGAGAGGCAAUGAAGAAGAGGGGUGUGGAGGAUAUGGACCUUGUGAUGGUUGAUGCCUGGUGUGUUGGUUACCAUGGUGAAGCUGAUGCUCCUAGCCGUAGACUUGCCAAACCACUCAUAUUCUGUAGAACAGAGAGUGAUUGCCCUAUGGAAAAUGGUUACGCACGCCCAGUUGAAGGCAUCUAUGUAGUUGUUGAUAUGCAAAAUAUGGUUGUUAUUGAGUUUGAAGACCGUAAACUUGUUCCAUUGCCUCCAGCUGAUCCGUUGAGGAACUAUUCUCCUGGUGAGACAAGAGGAGGUGUUGAUCGAAGUGAUGUGAAGCCGCUACAGAUUGUUCAGCCAGAAGGUCCAAGCUUUCGUGUACAUGGGCACUAUGUAGAAUGGCAGAAGUGGAAUUUCCGUAUUGGUUUCACUCCCAGAGAGGGUUUGGUUAUCCAUUCUGUUGCAUAUGUUGAUGGUAGUCGGGGUCGAAGACCUGUAGCUCAUAGGUUGAGUUUUGUGGAGAUGGUUGUACCUUAUGGAGACCCGAACGAACCCCAUUACAGGAAGAAUGCAUUUGAUGCUGGUGAAGAUGGCCUGGGAAAAAAUGCAAACUCUCUUAAAAAGGGAUGUGAUUGUCUAGGGUUUAUCAAAUACUUUGAUGCCCACUUUACAAACUUCACUGGAGGUGUUGAAACGAUUGAAAAUUGUGUUUGUUUGCAUGAAGAGGAUCAUGGUAUCCUUUGGAAGCAUCAAGACUGGAGGACAGGCUUAGCAGAAGUUCGUAGGUCUAGGAGGCUAACAGCUUCUUUCAUAUGUACUGUGGCUAAUUAUGAGUAUGGAUUCUUCUGGCACUUUUAUCAGGAUGGGAGAAUUGAGGCGGAAGUUAAACUUACAGGUAUUCUCAGCUUAGGAGCGCUGCAACCAGGAGAAUCUCGAAAAUAUGGCACAACCAUUGCUCCAGGGCUAUAUGCACCAGUUCAUCAACACUUCUUUAUUGCUCGUAUGGACAUGGCUGUUGAUUGUAAACCUGGAGAAGCAUUUAACCAGGUUGUUGAAGUGAACAUGAAAGUUGAAAACCCUGGGAAGGAUAAUGUGCACAAUAAUGCAUUUUAUGCUGAAGAAAAACUGCUCAGAUCUGAAAUGCAAGCUAUGCGUGAUUGUGAUCCAUUGUCUGCCCGCCAUUGGAUUGUUAGGAACACAAGAACUGUCAACAGGACUGGACAGCUAACAGGCUACAAGUUAGUACCUGGUUCAAACUGCUUGCCAUUAGCUGGUUCUGAGGCCAAGUUUUUGAGAAGAGCUGCUUUCUUGAAGCAUAAUCUUUGGGUUACCCCAUAUGCGCGAGAUGAGAUGUUUCCUGGUGGGGAGUUUCCUAAUCAGAAUCCACGUGUUGGUGAGGGAUUGGCUACAUGGGUUAAGCAGAAUCGUCCUCUGGAGGAAACUGAUAUAGUUCUCUGGUAUGUUUUUGGACUUGUACAUGUGCCUCGCUUGGAAGACUGGCCUGUUAUGCCAGUGGAACGCAUCGGUUUUAUGCUUCAGCCACAUGGGUUCUUCAACUGCUCACCUGCGGUGGACGUCCCCCCGAACGCUUGUGAAUUGGAUGGGAAGGACAAUGAUGUGAAGGACAAUGGGGUAGCGAAGCCAAUUCAGACCGGAUUGCUCUCAAAGAUCUGAGUGCCCCACACUUUGGUGGUUCUUUAUUGUUUGUUAGCAUGCAAGAAUCUUGAAUGGAGCUUUCCCUCUCGUACCCUUUUCUUAGUUUCAUGUUUCCCAAUAAGCCGAGUACCUGGAUUUGGUGGUCUGGCCAUCCCACUUCAUGGAUUGUGGGUUUAGUUGAUCAAAAAUAACAUUUUAGCACCCAUUUCAAGUAGUGAAUCGUCAGAUAAUGCUGGUUUGAUCCUAAUGAUGUUAGUUUGUUUCCUUA